UUCUGGGUGUCUCAGUGAGCCGUUGCAAAGGGUGUGGACCUGUGUGGAUCCAGCAUUUUGAGAAGGGAGCAGGACAGACUGAGUAGCCGACUAAGGUUGCCAUCCAGCCUUCCCAUGGACCUCCUGGGCCCAUGGACCCUCCUGUUGGCCUCCUUCCUCUUCUGCUUGCUGUUCCUCUCAGCAUGGAAGAAGAGAGAGAAGCUGCCGCCUGGACCGACUCCGCUGCCCUUCAUUGGGAACCUGCUGCAAGUCAACACAAAGGACAUGUAUCAGUCGCUGAUGAAGAUCCAUGAGAAAUAUGGUCCUGUCUUCACCAUCCACUUAGGGCCCCGCCGUGUUGUGGUCUUGUGUGGAUACGAUGCCGUGAAGGAGGCCCUGGUGGACCAGGCCGAAGAGUUCAGCGGCCGUGGAGAGCAAGCCACGUUUGACUGGCUUUUCCGGGGUUACGGGGUUGUCUUCAGUAACGGGGAACGGGCCAAACAGCUACGCCGAUUCUCCAUCACAACACUGAGGAAUUUUGGGAUGGGAAGGAGAUCCAUUGAAGAUCGGAUCCUGGAGGAGGCUCACUUCCUGCUAGAAUCCCUGAGGGCAACAAAAAGCGCACCCUUUGACCCCACCUACAUGCUGAGCCGCACGGUGUCCAACGUCAUCAGCUCCAUUGCCUUUGGCGAUCGCUUUGAAUACGAAGAUCAGGAGUUCGUCUCCCUGCUGAGUAUGAUGCUGGGUAGCUUCCGGUUCACUGCUACCUCUUGGGGGCAGCUCUAUGACAUGUUCUCGGGCGUCAUGCAGUACCUGCCUGGCCCACAACAUAAAGCCUUCAAGCAGCUCUUAGGGUUGGAGAAGUUCAUCAUGGAGAAGGUAAAAGACCACGAGGAGACCCUGGACCCCAACGCCCCUCGGGAUUUCAUUGACUGCUUCCUGGUGAAAAUGCAGCAGGAUAAGAAAAACCCAAACACAGAGUUCUUUGCAAGGAAUCUGGUUAUGACAACCCUCAACAUCUUCUUCGCUGGCACAGAAACGGUCAGCACCACUUUGCGCUAUGGCUUCCUGCUUCUGCUGAGAUACCCGGAGGUUGAAGCUGAUUUCUCAACAGAGAAGGUCCACGAAGAGAUUGAACGGGUGAUUGGCUCGAAUCGCACUCCCAACAUGGAUGACCGUCCCCUGAUGCCCUACACGGAUGCUGUGAUCCACGAGAUCCAGAGAUUUGGUGACAUGCUCCCCUUGGGGGUAGCAAGACGUGUGACCCGCGAUACCCAGUUCCGGGGAUACAACCUUCCCAAGGGGACUGAAGUGUUUCCCAUGCUUGGGUCUGUGCUGAGAGACGGCCAACACUUUGCAAGACCAGAUGUUUUUGACCCCCAACAUUUCCUGGAUGAGAAUGGGCAGUUCAAGAAGAAUGAGGCUUUUAUGCCUUUCUCUGUUGGGAAGCGCUAUUGCUUGGGGGAGAAUCUGGGCCGGAUGGAGCUCUUCCUCUUCUUCACCAGCAUCCUGCAGAACUUCCGCUUAAAAUCUCCCGUCCCUCCUGAAAAGAUCAACAUCUCUCCCAUGCUGGUUGGCUUUGCCACCAUUCCACGUUUUUAUGAAAUGUGUGCCAUUCCCCUCUGAAGGAGGACAGGUGUCUUGGAGAAGCGGAGUCCCAUUGUCACCCACCUUUGGUUGCCUCAAAUGCCAAAUUUGGAGAGUUCUUGAACUCAUGAAGGGCCAGAACAGAUUGACCCUCCGGCCUCCAGAAUCUUGCUUUUGAAGCUCCAUGAUCUGUGUUUCCAUUGGUAGAAUCCCUCCCCCCGUAUUUCUUUUGGAAGGUCCUUGACUCACAGCCCCCGUUCCUUCCCUCAGGCAACAUUCCAUCCAUCAGAGUCCCUCUCCUCACCCCCCAUUCCAUCCAUCAGAUUCCCUUUCUGCUCUUUUUUCCCAUCCUGUGUUUUUUCUUUCCCCCUUGUCACUUUCCUGUGCUGAAACAUUCACUGUGAAGGAAGAAUUGUUAACCCUGCAGCUCGGUCUGUGCUGAAGGGUUUGGGGAGGCAGAAGAGGUCUGCCAUAAUGUAGGGGAAAUUGCUCCUCUGGAACCUUGCAAUCUCCAUUCCUGGGACAGACUCUAUCUAUCUAUCUAUCUAUCUAUCUAUCAUCUAUCAUCUAUCAUCUAUCUAUCAUCUAUCAUCAUCAA